UUCGAGCGCACAGCUAACGACCACAUGGGGGCGCCCUUUCAAUCGCGUGGAUCGCUGAUCGCCCGGCAAAUUUUGGUCUUUUUAUUUCACAUAAAUUUCAGCCUUUAGAUUACUGAUUAGCUCAAUAUUUAGACCAAAAUUCUUGUGAUAGUCACAAUGUUACGACAAGGUUUUGCGUUACCACUUCUCCGACGAUACUUGUCCAGCACGGAGGCAGUUCUGUCAAGCUCCAAGAAAAACCUACAACAGCUCAGGAAAAAGACAGGCUUCAGCUUUGCAAACUGCCGCAAGGCGCUGGACAAAUUUGGCAAUGAUCUGAACCAGGCAGAGGCCUGGCUUCAAGAACAGGCCCAGAAGGAAGGUUGGAGUAAAGCCACCAAGCUGAAGGGACGCACCACGGCACAGGGAUUGAUAGGGGUCAUGCAGGAGGGCAACCAGGCCACUAUGGUCGAGGUCAACUGCGAGACGGACUUUGUGGCCAAGAACAGCGAGUUUCAGGGAUUCGUGGGUCAGGCGGCUGCCGCGGCACUGCGGCAGCUGGGCAACAGGCAAGAAGAGUUGAAGACCUUGACUGGUGUUGCCAAAGUUUGUUAUACCGGCGAUGAGAUGAAGGAGUUUAUCAUUGACGAUCAGAAGAGUCUGCAGGACCAAGCCGCGCUGACCAUCGGCAAAGUAGGGGAGAAUAUGUCACUCAACAGGGCUCUGUGUAUGGUGGCUGCCUCGGACCAUUUCAUAGGAUCAUAUGUGCACUCAGUUCAGCAACGGCAGCAGAAGUCCAAGUGCAUGGUGGGUAAAUAUGGCGCCCUCGUUGCCUUCAGGAGGACAGGGGACGCGUCGACCGACUUCCGCCCAGAUGACGUAGGACGGCGCCUGUGCCAGCAUAUCGUGGGGAUGAGUCCGCUGUGUGUGGGAGAGCAUGCUGAAGUGACUGAAGAAACCGAACUCACCGAGAACCAAGAACCAAAGCCGGACAGCCCAGCCGAGAGCGACGAGGCCGUCCAAUCAGAGACAGAGAUGCUAAAACAGGAGUACCUACUAGACCCGACCAUCACCGUCGGCGAUCUGGUCCGCCAAGAGAGCCUGGAAAUUAUUGACUUUGCGCGGUUCGAGUGCGGAGAGGCAACGACGGGGGACGCGCAAUCGUGAGACGAAAGACCGACAACAAACUCGACAUCAAACGUACAGUAGAACUUUGCUAUAAAGAACACAAUGCGGUCCACAAAAGCUUGUCUUUUUGCUUGUUCAAUUUGAGAGCCUAAAACGUGAGAGUCAAAUAUGUUGAAGUGGCGUUCUAAACCAACGUCUACUUAGUAUUCAAUGUGAUAUUCAAAGGUAGAAUAUCAUGAAAUAAACGAAAGUCAAACUGCGUAAUUG